AUCCCACGUCCCCCCUCUUACGCCCUUUGCAACGUGCGAUGUCAACCGGGUUUGCCAACGCCAACGGUGUUGGUCGCUGAUGACUCCUCACCAGCUGCUACUAUUUCUACAUAUUUCCGGAAUGCGAGGUAAAACACUACCCUUCAUUUAUAUAAAGUGUUCAGGCUGGCAUGCUUCGACGCCGGAGUUUGGUUUGUUCUGCAACGUGCUUGAGCUGGCAUCUUCUCGCACUUAGUUGAGCUGACAUCUUCUCGCACUUAGGUGUCAGUCGCUCGGCGUUUAAGACGCGAGGAUCCUACAUGCCUGCCCUUCCUUGCUAAUUCGUCACCUAUGGUGCGUUGACUUGGAAAUCGGCAGCGAUGACCAAGAUCUCCGCCGACACCAAGGGGGCGGGGGGGAGGGGGGAUCUGAUAUUCCGGCCUGUUUCCAAAUUGGCAAACACCUUGAACCAGGACCUUGAUCAACCUAUACCUUGCAAUAGCUUGGCGCAUAGUUCCACUUUGGUCCAAGGGUCCAUAUGCCGUGUUUUCUAACAUACUAGGACCAUUCUUUACCACUGCGUUAGCUAUCCAUCGAGGACUACUUGAUGGACCCGGCCCACGCCGGAGACGAGAACCGGCACCGCCUGCGCAACCCUCUGUCAGCCGAGUUCGGCGUGAAGACGACAAAAGAGAUGAACACCUUCAUCGAAAACCAUCUCCCAGACUUUAAGCUGGUCAUGCUGACAGAGCGAAUGGACGAGAGCCUGAUGAUUCUGCGAAGCCUGCUCGGCUGGCACAUGAUUGACGUUACCUACGCCUCCCUCAAGGCGCGACAAGGGCGGGUGCGAGACGUUACGACGGCAAGCCGUUGA